CUUGAGCGGAGGCUGGGAGAGACCGAGCAGUGCUCUCGGAGCGUGAAGGACAGGUGCUGCGCCCCUGAGCUCCCCCAGUAUGUGGCUGGGGCUUCUUCUGACCACCACUUUCCUCCUUUCUCCAGUUCCAGUAAAUGCUAUCAAAGAACUCCCUGGAGUAAAGAACUAUGAAGUAGUUUAUCCCAGAAGACUCCAUCCAGUACAUAAAAGAGAAGUCAAGGAGGCAGAGCAACAGGAAAAAUUUGAAACUGAAUUGAAGUAUAAAAUUACAGUUAAUGGGAAAAUUGCAGUGCUUUACUUGAAAAAAAACAAGGAUCUCCUUGCACCAGGUUACAUGGAAACACAUUAUAAUUCCACUGGAGAGGAGGUCACCACAAGCCCACAAAUAAUGGAUGACUGUUAUUACCAAGGACACAUCAUUAAUGAAAAAGUUUCAGAUGCUAGCAUCAGCACAUGUAGGGGACUAAGGGGCUACUUCAGUCAGGGAGAUCAAAAAUACUUCAUUGAACCUUUAAGCCCUACAAAUCAGGAUGGACAGAAACAUGCACUCUUCAGUUAUGAUCCAGAGGAAAAGACUAACAGCACCUGUGGGACAGAUGACAUACUACGGGCACACGGAUCUCGGCAGAGUAUGGUUCUACCUGCCCCAAGUCUGGCGAAAUCAAAAGACCAGAAGGGUCUGGAACAUAAGAAAUACGUAGAAUAUUAUUUGGUCCUGGAUAAUAGUGAGUUUAAAAAGUACAACCAAGAUCCAGAGGAAAUAAGAAAGAGGGUGUUUGAAAUGGCCAAUUAUGUCAACAUGCUUUAUAAAAAGCUCGAUACUCACGUGGCCUUAGUCGGUAUGGAAAUCUGGAAUGAGGGGGAUAAAAUAAAGAUAAGUCCAAAUGCAAGCUUCACCUUGGAAAAUUUUUCUAAAUGGAGGGGAAGUGUCCUCCGAAGAAGAAAGCGUCAUGAUAUUGCACAAUUAAUCACAGCAACAAAACUUUCUGGAACAACCGUGGGCCUUGCUUUCAUGUCUACAAUGUGCUCUCCUUAUCAUUCUGUUGGCAUCGUUCAGGACCACAGUGACAACAUGCUUAGAGUAGCAGGGACCAUGGCCCAUGAAAUGGGUCAUAACUUUGGAAUGUUUCAUGACUCCUAUGUUUGCAAGUGCCCUUCUACAAUAUGUGUGAUGGACAGAGCACUAAGCUUCUAUAUACCUACAGACUUCAGUUCCUGCAGCCGUGUCAGCUAUGACAAGUUCUUUGAAGAUAAAUUAUCAAAUUGCCUUUUCAACGCUCCAUUGCCUACAGAUGUUAUAUCCAUCCCAAUCUGUGGGAAUCAGCUGGUAGAAAUGGGAGAGGACUGUGAUUGUGGGACUCCUGAGGAAUGUGCCAACAUUUGCUGUGACCCUAAAACUUGUAAAAUCAAAGCAAGUUUUCAAUGUGCAUUAGGAGAAUGCUGUGAAAAAUGCCAGUUUAAGAAGCCUGGGGCAGUAUGCCGACCAGCAAAAGAUGAGUGUGAUCUGCCAGAAAUGUGUGAUGGUAAAUCUGGUAUUUGCCCUGAUGAUAGAUUCCGAGUCAAUGGCUUCCCCUGCCAAAAUGGGGAGGGCUACUGCUUGAUGGGGAUGUGCCCCACGCUGCAGGAGCAGUGCACUGAGCUGUGGGGACCAGGGACCGAUGUUGCAGACAAAUCGUGUUACAGCAGGAAUGAAGGUGGGUCAAAGUAUGGGUACUGUCGCAAAGUGGAUGACACACCCAUUCCCUGCAAAUCAACUGAUGCCAUGUGUGGGAAGUUGUUCUGUCAAGGUGGGUCAGAUACUUUGCCUUGGAGAGGACAUAUUAUAACUUUCCUGACAUGUAAAACAUUUGAACCUGAAGACAGCAGUCAAGAAGUAGCGAUGGUAGCCAAUGGAACCAAGUGUGGAAACAAGAAGGUUUGCAUUAAUGCAGAAUGUGUAGAUAUUGAAAGAGCCUACAAAUCAACCAAUUGCUCCUCCAAGUGCAAAGGACAUGCUGUGUGUAACCAUGAUCUCCAGUGUCAGUGUAAAGAAGGAUGGGCCCCUCCUGAUUGUGAUGACUCUUCAGUGGUCUUCCAUUUCUCCAUUGUGGUUGGGGUGCUGUUUCCUAUGGCUGUCAUAUCGGUGGUGGUUGCUAUAGUAAUCUGGCACCAAAGUAGCAGAAGAAAGCAGAAGGAAGUCCAGAGGCCACUGUCGUCUACUCGCAACAGGCCUCGCAGACAGAAGAGGAACCCACAGACGGUGAAGGAUGUUCAGCCCCAAGAGAUGAGUCAGAUGAAGCUCCAAUCACCUGAUCUGCCAGUAGAGGGCAAUGAGCCUCCAGCUUCUUUUCUAAUUACAAAGCCAGAUUUUCCACCACCACCGAUUCCUACAUCUGUGUCAACUUCUUUCCUUCAUAAUGCCACGAAGGUACUUCCCUCUACUGUUUUUAAAGACAAAAUAAUGUCAACACCUAAGGGUUCCAAUCCAAACGUCUGAAGCAGCAGCUAAGCAGGGAUGGGUGGGGUGAUGAUCAACCUGGAAGACUGGAUAAUCCGGGUGGAAGAGAAAGAUGCUUUCUCCUUAUCAUUAGCUCUUGAUUACUCAAGGAUGUUAACAUUUCUUGAUACAUGUUGUGCUUUGAGGCGACUCAACAAACAUUUUGAAGAGAGACAUGGUCUUGAGAAUCUUUGUGUGAAUUCACCAUUUCUUUCUUCCAUACUCAUGGGAGAGGAGAGGACUCUAAACAAACAGCUGUACAUCUAAAAUCUCUAAUUAGGUGACUUUCUUAACCACCCCCCCUUUUCUUAUUGUGAUGUUGACUAAUAUUUCCU